GCAUACGGAAUAACCAAAGAUCCGGAGACUGACGAGUUCUUGAUGGUUACACAACACGCAGAAUUAGGGGACUUACGAAACUUUUGUAACAAUUAUAGCGACGCACAAGAUAAUAAAUGGUGGAGCGAAACAAUUAUUGAAAUAAUGUAUGUUAACGAGGAUUUAUUAGAGAAAUUUAAAGAUGAAAAAACGAAAAUGACACAUCCUAAAGCUGUUUAUACUAGUAGAUACCUUCGGUAUCAAAAGAUUGGUGAAUACCUUGAUUUAUGGGAAUUUCAAGAGGACACACGUGAAAAUAAGAAUCUUCUUGGACCACAACCGUGGGUUAAAAAAGAUUUAAAAGGCUUUGAUAUGAUAGCCGUUCCACAGUAA